GAAUAUUAAUGAGAUCAAAGGGGAGCAUAAGACCAGCCCCCGGUAGAGCAUCAACAUCAUAAGAGAGAGGGGGGAUCUUACAGAAGACCUUUUGAAUCGCAGCCUUGGUCGUUAAACGGCUGUUAUCAAUUAUUUUGAAGUUAACGGAUAAAUUAAAUAGGAUUUAAACAUGACUUUAAGAGGGCCACUGUGUCGUCUCCUACGGACGCAACUCAACAAUACCUGUCAGAGCAGAGCGCAUUCUGUGGCUGUUUUAGGAGCACCAUUCUCAAAAGGACAGAAAAGGGGAGGGGUGGAAAAUGGACCCAAAGCCAUCAGAGAUGCUGGUCUGAUCGAGAGACUUUCACAUCUGGAUUACCCAGUGCAUGACUUCGGAGACCUGAGCUUCCAGCAUCUGGAGAAGGAUGAGCCUUACAUGCACGUCCCCUUCCCUCGCACUGUGGGCAGAGCUAACAAACUGCUGUCAGGGGCCGUCAGCAACGCGGUGGGAGCCGGACACACUACCAUCAUGCUGGGAGGAGACCACAGCCUGGCCAUUGGUUCAGUGGAAGGCCACGCCAAGCAGCGUCCUGACCUGUGUCUGAUCUGGGUCGACGCCCACGCUGACAUAAACACGCCCUUCACCUCUCCCUCAGGCAACCUCCACGGACAGUCGGUGGCCUUCAUGCUCAAAGAGCUGCAGAACAAGAUGCCAGAGCUCCCAGGCUUCUCCUGGGUGAAGCCCUUCCUGUCGGCUAAAGACCUGGUCUACAUUGGCCUGAGAGACGUAGACCCGGGAGAGUACGACAUACUGAAGGACUUGGGUGUCCAGUACUUCACAAUGAGAGACAUCGACAGGCUCGGCAUCCAGAGAGUCAUGGAAGUCACUUUCGACCACCUCUUGUCAAGGAAGCAGCGGCCGAUCCAUCUGAGUUUUGACAUUGAUGCGAUGGACCCGUCUUUGGCCCCAGCCACAGGAACACCAGUGAACGGAGGUCUGACUUACAGAGAAGGAAUCUGGAUCACAGAGGAGAUCCACAACACAGGGUUGUUGUCAGUGAUGGACCUUGUUGAGGUCAACCCAGACCUGGGGGCGAGUCGUGAGGCGGUGGAGAGCACUGCUUCCAUGGCGGUGGACGUCAUCGCAUCCGCCCUAGGGCAGACUCGCGAGGGAGGUCCCAUCACUCAGGAGUCACAAACGCUUAAAGAGGAUACGGAACAGCUCCGGCUCUAGAACACACAGUUUCUAGAACGCACAGCUUCUAGAACACACAGCUUCUAGAAGACUAAGAACUUUCAACAUGUGACCACUUGGCAUUCCUGAAUUCUAAAAGACUUUACCUACACACACUGAUGCAGUAGUUGGAAAGUCUUCUGUGUGUGUGGUGCUGUAUGUCAACCUGUUCAACAGACAGUCAAACUUCAAUCAUGACUGAACUUAUAAUAACCAAUAAGCCCCAAUUAAAGGCUUUAUACGCCUUAUUUACUAAGAUGACUUGAAAAACUUAGCCUGGACCCAGAUCUUUGCUAUCAUAUCAUCUGUUUGGCAGGACAAGGAAUCGCACAAAAUAGUCACACAAACAGACUGGUACCCAGGCUAUAGAAAGCUCUCAUCUAAAAUGUCAACUGUAAUUGAUGUGAUCAGCUGGUCUCCCUGGCCUUUGGAAAGACAGCCUCCCUAGCUCCACUAGGGAAAUGUUGACUGUAUUUGACUGUGAUCAGCGGUGUGCCAUAGACAUAGUGAUCAGCGGUGUGCCAUAGACAUAGUGAUCAGCGGUGUGCCAUAGACAUAGUGAUCAGCGGUGUGCCAUGCACUUUAUUUAACUCGGCAAGUCAGUUAAGAACAAAUUAUUAUUUUCAAUGACGGCCUAGGAACAGUGGGUUAACUGCCUGUUCAGGGGCAGAACGACAGAUUUGUACCUUGUCAGCUCAGGGAUAUGAACUUGCAAUCUUUACGGUUGCUAGUCCAACACUCUAACCACUAGGCUACCCUGCCGCCUAGUUGCUGACGACUUGACCCUGCAGCUCUGUAAUGGGGUUGUAUGAAGCCGGACACGACGACAAGCAUGAAACUGCCUCAAAACUACGUUUAGGUGCAGACUGUUAUUAUUAUUCUACUAAUGUGUACACUGUUUAGUUUGGACAUAUACCUCAGCUAAAUAAGAAGUGGCUGUGCCAGUUGAAUUGUCGUAGGGAUGCUGUGCCAGUUGGUAGCGAUGCUGUGCCAGUUGAGUUGUCGUAGGGAUGCUGUGCCAGUUGAGUUGUCGUAGGGAUGCUGUGCCAGUUGAGUUGUCGUAGGGAUGCUGUGCCAGUUGAGUUGUCGUAGGGAUGCUGUGCCAGUUGGUAGGGAUGCUGUGCCAGUUGAGUUGUAGGGAUGCUGUGCCAGUUGGUAGGGAUGCUGUGCCAGUUGAGUUGUUGUAGGGAUGCUGUGCCAGUUGGUAGGGAUGCUGUGCCAGUUGAGUUGUAGGGAUGCUGUGCCAGUUGGUAGGGAUGCUGUGCCAGUUGAGUUGUUGUAGGGAUGCUGUGCCAGUUGGUAGGGAUGCUGUGCCAGUUGAGUUGUUGUAGGGAUGCUGUGCCAGUUGGUAGGGAUGCUGUGCCAGUUGAGUUGUUGUAGGGAUGCUGUGCCAGUUGAGUUGUUGUAGGGAUGCUGUGCCAGUUGAGUUGUUGUAGGGAUGCUGUGCCAGUUGAGUUGUUGUAGGGAUGCUGUGCCAGUUGGUAGGGAUGCUGUGCCAGUUGAGUUGUUGUAGGGAUGCUGUGCCAGUUGGUAGGGAUGCUGUGCCAGUUGGUAGGGAUGCUGUGCCAGUUGAGUUGUUGUAGGGAUGCUGUGCCAGUUGAGUUGUUGUAGGGAUGCUGUGCCAGUUGAGUUGUUGUAGGGAUGCUGUGCCAGUUGGUAGGGAUGCUGUGCCAGUUGAGUUGUUGUAGGGAUGCUUUUGCACUUUUGGACCAGAUGUGGUUUUGACACAUUUUAUUAGAAGUAUUGUGUUUUGUAGUUUUACAUUGAAUAAUCACUAUUAUGAAUCCAUGUUUAUGUAUUCACUGUAUGUUUUACAUUUGUCCGUUUUUAAAUGACUAGGUAACGCUUUUCUCCAGUAAAUCUAUAUAAGUUAAGUGGUGUACGUAAUGGAUAUGGUAAAUGCUGAUAAGAGUGAAGUAAUAUUAUUUUAUUUACUAAAUGUAAAAACAUGCCUUUUGAUGUGACCACUAAAUCUGUAUUUUAAAUAAAGUAAUUUAGUCUUCCA